AUGACGGUCCCGGUGCAGCGCAACUCGAUGGCGAUCCUGCAGCCGCCCCGGUCGCGGUUCAUGAUCACGGACAUCCUGGCCGGCAACGGUGGCCCCGAGCCCCCGCCCUCCAACACCACCAACCCGACCGGUCCCCCGCCCGCCACCGGCGACACGGGCGGCGGCCGGGACGGCGGCCAGCAGCUGGCGAACGGGCUGAACGGGGCGGGUGGCCGCGCCGCCGGCACCAACACCGCCGCCAUCGCCGGAAGCGCCAACACCAACGGCAGCAGCACCAACGGCAGCGAGGGCCGCACACCGAGCCCGCCCGGACCGAGCGAUCUCAGCCUGCCGCUUCCGGAUCACGGCCACGGACACGGACACGGCCAUGGCCACGGCCACUCGCACGUCCCUUCCGGUGCGGGCCUGAUGCACCCGGGGGCGGGGCCGAUGGCGUUGCACGCUGCAGCCGCCGCCGCAGCCGCCGCCGCUGCUGCCGCCGCCGCCGCCAACGCCGGCCAUCCCGGGCCCCAUCAUCCACACAAUCAACAUCACAACCCGCACCAACAGCAACACCACCACCAUCACCAUCACCACGGGCUGGUCGGGGCACACGCGCUCGUCGGGCACGGGCUGGGGAUGGACGAGCACGAGCACGAACCGGACAGUGACAGCGAUGACAGCUGCCCGAUGGACAACUCUAGCGUGUGCAGCAACGGUGGCAAAGACGACGACAGCAACAGCCUCAAGAACGGGCUCGGGCUGAGCGGUACGCCGGGUCUCAGCAAAAAGCAGCGCAAGGCGCGAACCGCGUUCACCGACCACCAGCUGCAGACGCUCGAGAAGAGCUUCGAGCGGCAGAAGUAUCUCAGCGUCCAGGACCGGAUGGAGCUGGCGAACAAGCUCGGACUGAGCGACACGCAAGUGAAAACCUGGUACCAGAACCGAAGAACCAAGUGGAAACGACAAACAGCCGUCGGGUUGGAGUUGCUAGCUGAGGCGGGCAAUUAUGCAGCCUUCCAGCGGUUGUACGGUGGACCUCCGUACAUCGGUGGCUGGCCGUACCCGACCCAGUCCGGACCGCCCGGAACACCCCAGAGUGCGGUUGAUGCGUACUACCGGCAUGCGGCCGCCGCCGCAGCACUCCAGAAACCCCUGCCCUACCGGAUCUACCCGGGCGUACCAGGCCUCGGCGCUCUCAACACGAUUCCAGGUCCGAGCGGUCCGUUCCCUCACCUGUCGGCCUCCAGCUCACUGUCGACGCUCAGCAGCUACUACCAGGCGAGCAGUGCGCAGCAGGCGGCGGCAGCAGCCCAGCAACAUCAGGCUCCCGGUGCUGGCCCGGGUGUUCCGGGGCGCGACGGAAGCACCCCGGUUGGGGGCGGAGUAGGUGGUAGCGGGGGUACCGGUGAGGGUGCCCUUACAGCAGGCCAUGGGAAUUCUUUCGGCGGCGGUAGCAGCAACAAUAGUCUAAGUAGUCAAGCGCGACGGACUCCCAGUCCGACGCUGAACCCCGGCAGUCCACCCGGACGCGCUCUGAGCAACCCGCCCGACAGUGAGGACGAGGAUGAGAACAUUCAGGUCUGA